AUGCAUGGAGAUUUCAUUCGAGUCAACCCCGAGACGAAGGGCAUUUAUAUCCUUGGGCGAAGCGACGGCGUUCUGAACCCCUCUGGCGUCCGGUUUGGCAGCUCUGAAAUUUACACAAUCUUGAGCACGCCAAGGUUUAGCACGCUGGUUACGGAUUCAAUUGUCGUUGGGCAGCAGAGGUUAACCCCGCCGUACUCAGAUUCAUCAGAACAAGUAUUCCUUUUCAUCAAGACUGUUCCUAGUGUGAGUACUGGCACGCUCCGGGUCUGCCACGAUCUCGAAGUCGCAGUCCGCGAACAAAUCGCUCACGAUCUGAGCCGGAGACACAUCCCGGCCUUCAUUUCCGUGACCGAGUCGGUCCCUUACAAUGCCAAUGGGAAGAAGUUGGAGAUUCAACUCAAAGCUGUGCUUUCCGGAGGGGGCCCGGCAUUGGCAAGGCUGAAAGUUACGCAGGAAGAGCGCGAGCAGCUUCAGUGGUAUCUACAAUUCUAUGAGAUCGAGAAGGUUGUCGAAGGCAUCAAGGCAAAACUGCAGAUGGCUCAUCACUGGAGCAGGGACGCAUUUACCAAUUUUUACAUAUGGGAGACAGCUACCUGCGAUUUGACGAAUGGGUCAUUAAUCAGAGGAGGGUGUGAAGAGCUGAAGUGGAUGGACAUAUUACACUGCCCAUAUGAUCACCUGGAAACAAGGAGAAAUCAGAGAGACUCUCAUGGAGGACCUGAGAUACGAAGGAGUUGUGCACCACAGUUAAGGGUGUGCUUUUUGCAUCAAGCUGUCCACAUUGAACGCAAACGCUCUCCUGAGUCCUAA